UUUAAUUUAUUUGUGGAUUUUCACGUCUGAUUUCUUAAAUUCUAUUGUGCACAGUUUGUUGGUGACGAUUAACGCUUCGUUGCAUAUAAUUGGCUUUCUGGUGUGCAAUUAAAAAUCAAUCGUGUAGUGAGGAACGUCAUGUUUUAAUUAAGAUUACAUGUGUUCGAUUCCUCCUUUCAAAAAUGGAAAGCAUCGAGUAGCAGUAAUUGCGAUUGAAUCUUCUUACACUACAUGUAUUCUUGUGUGAACACAUCUGAUGCAGAUUAUUAUGUUAUGAUUAGAAGUUAGUUUUGUGAAGUUUUUGUGACUGCAAUUUUAGACGGAAUUGAGUCGGCUCACCGUUUCAGUUGCCUGCAGUAAUAUGUUAGUAACUGGUGGUUGACAGACAGUAGGACUGACCCAUACCCAUUGUUGAAUAUGUUUAUUUGGGACUGGUUUACUGGAGUUUUAGGUUAUCUUGGUAUUCGAGUACCUGUAUGCCGGGGAAGAUUUGCUGUUCUUGGUUUGCCUUAUUCUGGUCGCCAUUCGUUAGUAAAGGUGGCUUUGGAUGAACGUCUCAUAGAUCCCAUUGCAGUCUCUGCCAAACCAUCCGAGGAAUUAUCGAUUGGAAAUAUGAGGUUUACAACAUUUGAUCUUGGAGGACAUACUCAAGCACGCAGAGUUUGGAAAGAUUAUUUUCCAGCGGUAGAUGCCAUAGUGUUUCUGGUAGAUGCAAGCGACAGGUCCAGGUUACCAGAAUCUAAGGCAGAACUCGAUGCGUUGUUAACCGACGAACAACUUAGUGCUUGUCCGGUACUUGUACUAGGUAACAAGAUUGAUAAGCCAGGUGCAGCAUCCGAGGAUGAGCUCAGAAAUUUUUUCAACCUGUAUGGUCAAACGACUGGAAAGGGUAAACUUUCACGUAGUGAUAUUCCAGGCCGUCCUCUAGAGCUGUUCAUGUGCUCAGUGUUAAAGAGACAAGGUUAUGGCGAGGGCUUCCGCUGGCUCGCCCAGUACAUUGACUGAACGCACAUAAUCUGAACACUUCAAUUUCCAGUAAUUUUCAUUUUCUUUUUCCAACUCUCCCGAAGUCGAAUUCAGCCAAUAAAAAGUGGCGAUGAUAUCAGGGAGUGGGGUAAUAAGGUUUCAAUGGGCCGAUGAAGUAGGGAGACGAGAUUUCAUGAUAUGGGCCUACUUUCAGUGCAUUGUUAUGGAUACUAUGAAUUGAGUGGAAUGCCAUAAUUUUUAAUGAAGGUCAGUCGAUAUCUAAUCUGUACAUUUAUUAUUUCUCUGGUAUCAACGUCAGGCUAGUCUUUGUUGAGUUAGUUUAUGGACAAUUUGACGUCAUCGGUCUGUUUUCUGAAUGUCUGGGAUUCUUAUACACGUGUCUAACAGCGCUGCGAAUCACGUCGAUGCUGCAAAGGAAUGAUACAAACCGUUUUGAUAAAUAAAACAAUAAUAAAGUAUUUCUGAAGCCUA